AUACGGACACAGGAUAUUUGGUCGCUGGAGACAGACACACGACACGACACAGACAUGCGUCGAGGUCACGAGGUCCAGAGCAGUAGGAAAGUAGUUUUCUCGAGGCCACGAGGUCCCCUGUACCUGUAGCUGUAGCAUGGGCGGUACAGCAGCACCAAUGCAAGCUGCAAGGCGAUCGAAUGAUACUACCCCACCGGCGUCGGACAUGCAGGUACGGUAGCGUUCUGUUUUUGUUUAUAAAUAAAAAAAAACUGCUCCGCGCUUUGCACACGGCCGAUCCAGGCAGCAGCAGCAGCAUGUUCCCACAGGCAGAUGCGCAUCCAGCCCACGAGCCUCUCGCCGGCCGGGUGGCCAUCGUGACAGGAGGCGCCGGGGGCAUCGGCUCGGCGGUGGCCGCGCACCUGGCGUCCCUGGGCGCCCGCGUCGUGGUCGGCUUCAUCGGCGACCCGGCCCCCGCGGACCAGCUCGUGGCGGCCCUCAACAACUCCUCGCCGGCAGGCAACAGCGACCCGCGCGCCGUGGCGGUGGCAGCGGACGUGUCGGACCCGGCGCAGGUGGCGCGGCUGUUCGACGCGGCGGAGGCGGCGUUCGGGCCGGAGCUGCACGUGCUGGUGGCCGCGGCGGGGGUGCAGGACGCGACGUACCCGCGGAUCGCGGACACGUCGCCCGAGCAGUGGGACCUCGCGUUCGGCGUGAACACGCGCGGCACGUUCCUGUGCUGCCGGGAGGCGGCGCGGCGGCUGGCGCGCGGCGGCGCGGGCCGCAUCGUCACCCUCUCGUCCUCCAACGUGGGGUCGCUGCGGCCCGGGUACGGCGCGUACGUGGCCAGCAAGGCGGCCGUGGAGGCCAUGACAAAGGUGCUGGCCAAGGAGCUCGGAGGGAUGGGGAUCACGGCCAACGCCGUGGCGCCGGGCCCCGUGGCCACGCCCAUGUUCUACGCGGGCAAAUCGGAGGAGCGCGUGGCCGCCGCCGCGCGCGAGUGCCCCAUGGGGAGGCUCGCCGAGCCAGCGGACGUGGCGCCCGUGGUGGGGUUCCUGUGCACCGACGCCGCCGGCUGGAUCAACGGGCAGGUCAUCCGAGUCAACGGCGGCUACGUGUGAGUGUACUGUGAUGAGAGGGAGGAGGCAUAGCUAGCUAGCUUAGCUUGGAGUGUCAGCGUGUCACCAACCGACAAUUACACGUGCUCCUUCCCUUAAUAAUAAUAAUAAUAAUAAUAAU